CUUAUCUCCAUAGAUCUGUAGCUGCCAGGGGGAUUCUUUUCUCAAGGAGAGAGCGCUUAGGGUGGUCGUCUUUGUGAACAGUGGUAGCCUUGAGAUGACAGCUCGAACCCUGGCAACAAGCUACCCCCAUCGACGGCCGAUCGGCGUUGGACGGUGCAUUAGCUGGCCUCAAGUCGUUGGUAGCUUGAGAGGCGUCAACUAGAGGCAGUGUUACGUCGACCUAAGUGCCACAGAGCCACAAGUCUGGCAUGGCCAAAGGGCGACGGCACCGUCAGAGGACAUCGCAGGCGGAAACAGUAAUGAGCGACGAUAGAAAAGUGUGGUCGCUCCGGCGGCCGCCUCCAGCUUGAGCCUGAGCACAUCAAGGGAUCGAGUUGUGCUUUGACGCGUCCUGAUUGUGGAUGCCGGGGGGCACAACAGCUGGCGUCGGGGGAUCAUGAAGAAAUGGAAGAGCUCGAAGGGGUCGACCUGCGUCAACCCUGCGGUCGGACAUUGAGUCUCAACGGUCAGUGGUCAAGGAUGGCGGGCGGAUCUACAAUGCGGACUUUGGAUUCGGAACGAUCGGGGGUCGGGCAUAACCUUGACAGGCACUUACAGGAAACCUGACGUGACGAUGCCUGUCGACCGCUUGAACUGGGCGCUGAGAUGGCUGCGAUGGCGUUGAGAUGGUGUUGAGAUGCUACAGGCACCUGCUUCUGACUGGACGCCACCGGACAUCGCCCUGUCCUCCGACACUCCAGCUUCAUCCAUUAUCGUCAUGAUUCCGCUUUGGUCCUUGGGCAAACAAUCAAUCCGGCGCCUGCAGGGUGCAGGAUGUAGGCCCUGGACGACGAUGGCUUGCGUCCGUGGGAGAUUUCGCAGCUGCCCCAAUACGAACCUAUUUCCUCAAGCAGUUCAUUCCUGACCUACCCAUGAACGCUGGUACCAGUGCUCGACUGUCGUCAGACAGGGUUCUCUGUCUUCCUGUCCAUCCUUGCUGACGAUCUAGCUAGCCCCCUGCUCAACGCUCCUUACCUGGUGCUGUCAUUCAUUCAAGGUUGGGUUCUGAAGUUUACAUUGAACGCGCCGCCUGCGCAACCCUUACAACUGCAUAAACUGGGGUCGAGGCCCUCGUCGUUCCAGUCAUCGACCGGCCGUUGCACAGAAAAAAAAAAGUCCGGUCGAGCUCAAGGAGCUUCAAUAUUGUGAUUCCCUCCUUCAUCUUGCCCUUUACUCCCGCCUGCUGUUCUCGCUGUAGGGAUGAAACAUACCACCCAGAGACAGAACAUAUAGCACCAAAGCGUGAGCGAUGGGACAUUCAACUCCAGCAAAUAUGAGACGCAUUCAAGGUCGAGUGACUCGCGACGACAUCAGGUCAGCUGGUCUGAGAAGAUGGGAUGGUCGAGCAAGAGUCACUACCGACUGGGUUAACCUCUUCCAUAACCUGAACUCUGUUGGCCCACGGGCGACUGUCUGGUUUACUUGCGAGAGCCUGGCCAGUCGAGCCGAGGUCCUGCCUUCCGAGUCCAUACCGCAUUUCUCAAAGUAAGGGGAUUCGACUCUCUCCUCGACCGCUGCGUGACCAGGAAUUCGGUCCACGCAACUGCUCAAUGUGUUCUUCCAAACUGUCCGGGAUGCGAUCCUCAUCAAGCGCUGUGUGAGCUGUACAUUCCAGCACCUCACGGCGCCGGGCUCGAGGAAAUCUUCGACCAUCAUAUCAUUACUCGGAAUUUCUUUGCCUGGCUCUACAACCGACCACUGACGGGUAGGGCCUUGGGAAGGGCCUUGGUAUAUUUGAAAGCGAGGAUUGAUGUGUACCGCCCCGGCGAUAGCACACAAAAUACCCUGGAAGUCGUGUCAUAUGCGGAGAAUCAGAGAUACCUUGACUUCAGAGAGUGUGUUGACCAUGCUCUUGCAGCCCUUUUCCUGGCGGAGACGCUCCACAUCGAGGACCUAUGGGUGGAUUCGUUCGCCCAUUGUGUGGGUAUGAGCCAUCGAGGCCUACGCUCAAGCAUUGAAUACCCGCUGGUGAGCACCAAGUCCAAGGGACUGAUCAAUCGAGCUCGUCAAGAGAUGGACCUUCGGCUGGGUCGAGUACAUCAGUCGGUCGCCGACUUUUUCGAAACUGAAGUGACCUGCAGUUUCCUAGAGCUUCCGCAACCAGCCAGGGACCAUCUGAUCAAGUUCCGCUCGUUUCUCAAGCAAUUCUACGUUGACAAGUACGGCUGCUGGCCGCCUAACGACCUCGAGGAUGAAGCCCUCCAGCAGGUAAUAUAUUCCACUGUCUUCAGUGAAUUCGAGAUCCUCUAUCAAUACCUGGUUGAUGCUGGUUCGUCCACUGGGUUGGGCGAGAGCGACAUUGCUCAGUCUGGUGGAAUAUGCAUCCAUCAAGUCAUCCAGGUAUUUGACACGAAGCACAACCACGAGCCGGUUGCCCACCCGCUUCCUCUUCUACCAAAAGCCAGGCAGUCCAGUGCCAGUCAGCGGCAGCCACUCCAAAGACGAAUGUCUUGGAAUCCAAUUCAAAAGCGUAAAGCAGAUAAGGAAGCCCGGAAGGUGCAAGACAAGCAGGCUUUGAUAUCAGCAACCAACCGAGACUCGCUGGUGACGGAUUGCUCUUUGGUGCACAAGUUUUCGGAAUUCGAGGAAAGGACGGUUGAUGAUGACCUGGAGGGUCUUUCGCUAGUCGAAGGCCGAAAGGUCCGAUGGCUCUUGAUCUAUGCUAUUCUGCAGACCUUUCACGCCAUAGCACAGCCGCCCCAACAGGUUCGUAACACCGCGAAUCUCACCUAUUCUCUGUGCUGCCAGCCACCGAAACGAAUGCCAUGGCAGCUCGCAGCAAUCCCGAAUGUGCGGAGCAUCCGGAGAACCCCAAGCGAGCUGAUCCCCGAUACAAGUUAUUCUCAUACGAACAUACUCCAGUCUUCUUCCACUGGUGAGAACACGGCGGCAAGAUCAAAAACAGUCAAAGCACGACGCCGAACCACUCUUCCUGCCCAUCUACCAGGCUCGUUUGUGGGGUCCAUAACCAGCAAGACGACGACGACUCCCACUUCUCCAUCAUCUUCAGUUCGGAGGUUGAUGUCCCUGCGUCCUCAUUCUUUUGUCAAUGAGAUGCCACCGAAGCGGGCUCCCUUCUGCGAGAUCUUUGUCGAGGGCUACGGCAACGGGCUGAAUGAAGUCAACCAAGACAAAUCCAUCCCGGCCGCGGCCAUGGCGUCUACGGCAGAAUCAGAGACAACGGUGACUGACCAUGUCGUCGAUGAUGAUCGCAAUAAUAACGAACCGCACGAACUCCUUGGGGAGUCUUUACACGAGCUUCCAUCCAAUGAAAUUGUGAGCACAGCUAUGUCAUCGCCUUCGGGUGGCUCGGCGUCAGUGUCACUGUCAGUGUCCCGAGAAUCAUCCACAUCGUCCACCAGUAGUAGCAGCAAAUGGUCCAAGACCAGCGAUCGGAGUGACUGUGACGACCUUGAUCCGAUGACACCUGCAAGUGAUGUGGUAUGUACACUCAGAGAAGUCUUGCAGAUGAAGAAGCCUGGUGCAGGGGGAACCAAUCAGGCAUCAUCUCUGCCGGAUGGAGCAGUCGGGGAUGCUGCCGCCGUGGACUCGUGUCAUGACGACCCGAUGCAGAUGCCAUCAGUCCAUUUCAAUACCCAGACUUGGGAUCGCAUCCUCGGACAAAUACCGGUGAGUGCAUCUGCAUCUGCAGUAGGGCCGCCAGUCCCCACAUCUGUGGUUUCGCCAGUAGUAGCAGGAGCUUGAAGGAUCUUCAUUCGUGAUCGAAAAGCACAAAUUAUAUGUGAUACGGCAGUACACAUCAGAAGUUGAAGAAAGCCGGGAACAUCAGGCCCGAAGACGGCGGUUCUCAUCGAGAGCCGAGGGCAGCGGUGAUAACGACGUGCAGAUAGCCUUGUUGUCUACUGGACACACUCCUUUAUUUAGUGCCAGCGCCACAGCGUACACGAUUAGCGAAAAGGCGCAUUUUCCAAGUCGGGAGGACAUGAAUUUAUAUUAAUUGGUAUAAUCUCUCCUUUUGGUUUCCUUUGACUUCUUCUCUGUGGCCAUAGUCCUAUUCUCAGAGUCAAGAGCGUACCCGGGUUUGUGUCCUAACAAAGUUCGAUUUAGAUGAAGACCACAUGGGUAACCAUGAAGUAUACAUCUACUCAGUCUAGACUAAGUUGUUACACUACAUUCAUCAUUUAGGAUGAUAGGUGCUGGAUCGGGUCGUAUUUUGGCAAGGCCGACUUUCAACGCAUUUAUUGUCCGUUUCUUCGGAAGGGUUUAUGUAAAUUUAUCAACCCCCUUGUGUCCUUUUCCGCCACGCAUCAUCCAAAUCACACUGACGAACCUCAUACGCCCAAUGAUGACAAGUCUGAUGUAUGACGGGACUCACUUUUCGGUCGUUCUCGUCAUCGUCGUCCCCAUCAUCAAAAACACUCCUGACACCCAAGUCGACAUAUUUUUUCAGUAACAUACGUCUCCACCGGCCGCGGGGACCUACACAUCGAAUCCACCGACCGACCUGCCUAUCAUCCUCAUUAUCACCGUCACCGUCACCGUCACCGUCACCGUCACCGUCAUCGUCGUCGUCGUCGUCGCCUCCGCCGCCGCCGCAACGCCUCCCCAGCCAAAAACGAAUAUACCACUCAAACCAGCCCCUCGGAUCAUAGUCAAAAUUGAUCCAGCCGGCAUCCUCCCACUGGGACAAAGACUGGCCGCACGCCACGCCGAAUUUGUUUAGACUGGCGUCGUACGUGGGGGAUGUGAUGUACUUUGUGGCCGGGCGUAAUUGGUCCAGCCAUGACGGAGGUAGUGUUCUCAGGUAGUCGUCCUGUAAAGUCAAGUUGAGAGUGCGGCUGUGCCAGGGCGAGAAGUAGCUGCCUCCAAAGGCGCCUUCGAGUAAAAUGUCCAAGGGGGAUUUGUUGGGUCGGAAAUCGGGGUGAGAUGAGAAAUGGUAGGUUCCGUCGGAUAGUAGUAUGGGUUCGGGGGCGGUGGGGGGCCAGGAAUUGUGGGUGUCUAGAAGGGCUGAUAGGGAUAGGGAUGGUGAUGGGAUGGGGUGGGAGUGCUGCUGGUAAGAUUGGGAUUGUAAACGGGAGCUGGUUUUGGGUUUGGUGGUUCGUCGUGAUUUGGGCCUGUGGAUAUCACCAGGAUUUGGUCCCUCGGAUUCGGACUCGUGCUCUUCGCCAUAGUUGAUUCUGCUGGCUGCCGCUG